AUGCACUCCUUGCUCGCCGUCCCAAGGCGGACGUAUAUUUUGUCUGGACUGAACGCGCACCGUCGUCUAUCAUGUCUCCAUAUUCGUAGUCUCAUUCCUCUUGUCAGACUAGCUUCGACCAAGGUCACUGUCCGGCAGAAUGCUACACUGUCUUCGCCGUCUACAACAGCCAAGUCUUGGGUGGAACAUGUCCCGGCCAAAAUCCGCCCAUAUCUCUACCUAACGCGAAUAGACAAGCCUAUUGGCACGCUCCUUCUGUUCUAUCCCUGUACAUGGUCGAUCACGAUGGCAUCGUAUGCGCUGCAGACGCCAUGGACAACGCCACUCACGUACAUCAGCCUCUUUGGGAUUGGGGCACUGGUGAUGAGGGGGGCAGGAUGCACGAUCAACGAUAUGUGGGACAGGAAGUUGGAUAAGGCUGUAGAGAGGACGAAAGAGAGGCCUCUGGCAAGGGGUGAUAUCAGUACAACUCAGGCAGUUGGGUUUCUUGGGUUGCAGCUAGGUGCAGGGCUGGCGGUGCUCACGCAGCUCAACUGUUACAGCAUCCUGUUAGGCGCGUCAUCUCUGUCUCUUGUGACGAUCUAUCCCUUCAUGAAACGGGUCACGUACUGGCCGCAGGCCGUCCUUGGUCUCACGUUCAACUGGGGAGCCCUCCUCGGUUGGUCCGCUGUGGCUGGCUCCGUUAACUGGAGCGUCGCGCUUCCUCUAUAUGCUGGCGGGGUCUGCUGGACGCUCGUCUAUGACAGCAUCUAUGCCCACCAGGACAAAACCGACGACGUGCAAGUCGGCAUCCGCUCCACCGCACUGCUCUUUGGCGAACACACGCGCCCCAUCCUGAGCGCGCUCUCCGUGUCCUCGAUGUCGCUGAUCACCUACGCAGGUUACCUUAACGCGCAAGGCCCGCUGUUCUACGCGGGCACGGGGCUCGCGGCACUGCAGCUUGCACGCGUUCUGGCACGGACGGAUUUUGACAACCGCCCCAGCUGCUGGGCGGGCUUCGUCGGGUGCGGGUGGUCCGGCUUUUGGAUCUGGAUGGGGGCAUUGGCGGACUAUGGGUUCAUGAUCUCCGGUGUCUCUUUCUGA